CGGGUGAGGGAAUCGGAAUUCCAUAUUAUCUUUUGUUAUUGCGGUAAGCGUGUACGACGGUUAAAUGCUGCUGCACCCCUUGUCAAACGAGUCACACCUAGCGUCUAGAUGAACCCUGUUGCUUGACGACGUGUUCAAUCAUGGGAGAAAAGGAACACCACGUACAUUUUGGAGGGGGUAGCGGAGUCGGCAAAGACAACAACAUUAUGAUUUAUCCUCAGCGGCAUGGUCAUCUGGAUGUUCACCUUGGUUUCCUGCAACUUUAUCACAAAUACCACGUAGAGUUUUCCGUGCCAUGGAAUCUCUGUAUACAGGACGAGGGGAAAACUCUGGCACCUGCAGUAAUUGUUGAUAUUCCAAAUACAAAUUGCCGUGUCAUCGACUUUGCACACGACAAAGAUGGUCUGAGGUUGAAAGUGGAGCUGCUGGCCUACAAAGAAAAACUGUUGAAGGAAGAAAUUCAAGUAAUGUGCUGCAAGUCUGGAAACCCUUUAAAAAUUCUUCUCAACGCUAGAGUCUUGGGCAAAGGAAAAGGUACUCCUUUGUUGCGAAACGGGGUUCGGAGUAUUGGCAUUGAGGGGGAUGACGACGACGAGGUAUCGGACUGGACGGGCUUUAAUUCGCAGGACUGAAAUUUUGACAGGGGGUUUCUUUAAUGGUUUUGGAUUAAAGACAAGAUCUGCCUACUGGAAAGCAUGCGAAAUCGGGACGGUCGCUGAACUCGCGCGAAUUGCGCCGCGAUAUAAGAGCAAGGAUCACACCAGGUAAAGUAAGUUGUUAAGAACCGUGAUACAAAGAAAAAUUGCAUAAUAUAUCACGGAGAAUUUUUUGAUACUUUUCUCUUUCCAACGAGCUAUCAAAUCGAAGUAUUAAGGUUCUAUAUAGAGAACCGUGUAUGAAUUUUAUAGUAUUGAUUCGGCCUAAUAAACAUUGCUGAGUAAUUUAUUGUAUAAAGCUUUACGAAAAGUAAAGAAUUUGUACCAUGUGCGCCUUAACUUGUUAUCGCGAAUGACACACUAAUGAAUACUAACAUUAUAUAGAUAGUUUUUAAAAUAUGUUAAACCGCGCUAUUAUCUCUGAUUAUUAAUUGCAUAUCACGCAGAGCUAUAAUAUGCGAAUUGUAUAACAUAAAGUACAUCACUUACGUGUACAACGAUUUCUAUACAUUGAAAUUUAUUUUACUACAACUAUUUCCUAAAUCAUCGCUAAUAUAUCUAUAUUAUACUUACAUAAAAUAUACAUAAUAUAUCAUAUACAAAGUUUUAUUAUUAAUCGUAAAUUUGGUGCUUUGCUUAUUGCUAGAUAUGCAUUAGUAAUAAAUUAUUGAAAAGCAAUUACGAAUUCCAAUUAUCAUGUUAAACAUGCACUAUGCGUAUACACUUGUCCUUCAAUAAAAUACAUACAUAUCUACAUAUUAUAUACUCAUCGUCGAUUCAAAUCCUAUUUAAUU